AUGCCGUGUGAUGGAAAAUCGAAGGUUGAGAUGAAUUUGAAUGGAGAAACGGUUCAACGAAUUACUAUUCUUUCCUACUGUCUUCAUGCCGAUAAACUGAGAAUGGACGCUGUCAGCGCGGGUGCCAGUGUUCUUGCUAUCGUUGGAUUCGCGCUGCAAGGCACUAAAAUUCUCUACGAGAGCAUCAGCGGCGUCAAAGACGCACCGCCGCGGGUUAAAUCGCUGGCUUCAGCUGUCGCAGAUCUCAAAUCUAUAUUGACGCAACUUCAGUCGUGUAGGGCAUUGACAGAUCCCGACGCUGAUCUACAAAACAUUAUCAGCCUCAUCCAGGCUUGCAGUCGAGAUGUACAGCGCUACCAGAAGAACAUCAACAAACUCCAGAUCAUUCCCGCAGACGCGAAAGUUAAACAAGGCUGGAAAAGGCUCAAGACAGUCUUGAAGAAGGAUGAUAUCAAGCAGGCCGUCCACGAUCAACAGCAAAACACCCUUCUGCUGCAGCGAACCGAGGACGUAUCCAUCAUCAACAGCAACCUACAGGGUUUCAAAGCAUCGACGGUCGAUCAAAUACGGGAUACAGUGACCUCAAUUGCAGAGAAAUUAGAGAACGCGCCCACUGGAUUAGAAACCCGAAGCGAAGACAUCUUCACACUACUCAAGGCUAUUCAGGCCCAAAUCUCUGGCUCUUCAACCCAGUCCAACGUUGCACAAGGGCCUUCGUCGCCGCGAAGGCAGACCCCACGGGACAUUGACGAUGAGCGAUUUACUGAUGAAGACUCUAGAUUGCAGGAGAGCUUGAGAAGACUCUGUCAGCUUGAUUUUGAAGAAGGUCGGACUUGGCGCGAUGAAGAAGCGGAUGGCAUUAUCGACGACCUUCAUCUUCUUCUCCAAUCAAUAUCAUCGUCGCAUCAACUCUCAAAGCGCAGUGACCUAGGAAAGCGCAAGAUUGAUACGACAGAUCCAGACGAGUUCAACAACCGUGUCAUGAAACGUCUAUGCGGCAUUAUUACCGCAUCGCAAAGUGUAGAUGUCAAUAAAGCCUGUAUGUCGUUCCACUACGCUACGAUCCAUAUGAGACCACGUAAUAACAUACAAGAAGUCCCUCGGUCCUCUCUAAUCAAGGCCAAAAAGGUCAUCCAAAAGCGCAAGAACAUGGAUGUUUCGACUACUUUGUACAAAGCAAACAUUUCGAUCACGGAAAGACGCAUCACAUCCGAGCAUGAUAGCAAUACUAACAAUGACGAGAAAUUGGACACAAUAGAAACUAUCACAAGGAUCAAGGCGUUCGUGAGGCACGGGGAUCUCAACAACGUCCUCGUUGCCCAAAUUCGCCAGUUCCGACUCUCCACUGGAUUUUCCUGCCGAAACCCUUUUGUUUCCAUUGGAAAGACCCUACCAGAUGAUUCUCCUAUUUUCUCGGUAGUCAGGAAAGGUGAUGUUGAAGAGCUUCAACAACUUCUCUCACGUGGUGAGGCCACCUUGAGAGAUAGGGACUCUUGGGGAACCCCUUUACUGCAUUAUGCAAUGGAACAGCCUAGCAUGUGUAAAUUCCUCCUCGAGAAUGGGGCAGAUGUUGAUGAGGUGGCUUUUGCUCCGGAUGACAGAAAGAAUGCUGGAUUAGCAUUAUUUCUUCCAUGGACAUACAUGGGGUCGGAUACCGAGCUUAAAGAAAGUCUUCUUGAAUGCAAGCGACUGCUCUUGUAUGCUGGUGCCGACCCUUCCAUCCCUAAGGUGUGGCAUGGCAUAGAUGGCGUAACGACUGAGGAGUCAAGUUCUUGGAUUGAGGUUGUGGACACGGGAAGUCUGGAGUAUGUCAAGGCGAUAGUUCAUCUUGCGAGGCCAUUCAUUGACUUGAACCCGACAUCCUACGAAGAUACCAACCCUUUAUUUCGGCUCGCGGAAAAUUGUAGUGCUGGUUUUGACGCAACCAGAUUCAAGUUCCUGCUCGACGCAGGCUCUAACAUCCACGCUCGCGACGUAGGUGGAAGAACCUGUCUUCAUAUUGCUAUCCGCCACGUUAAGGCAUCACGGACGGAGAGGGAGUACGCCGCUCUCAUUCUUCUGAUUCAAAGUGGAGCAGAUGUCUUUUCAACGGACUACCUCGGUAACUCAAUCUCUCACAGCGCUUAUACCUGCACCAGUGAUAGUAGACGAAAAGGGUAUCGAGGAGAUCUUUGGGACGCCGUGCUCUCCUAUUGUGGCUACGAUAUAUCCGCAAUACGGAAAGGAUAUCCUCGAAAAACCCCUCAAUAUGGGAGGGCUACUUUUAUAGGGCAAGCCUGGACACGGGAACGUUUCGAACGGCUCUGGAAAGGACGAGAAGGCCAAUGCCCUUACUAUCACGACCCACCGAUCUGGCGUUCACCAUUGAGUCCAAAUCCCGAAGACGACGCCAAGAAGUCGGCGCAAGAAGAGGACAUUGCAUCUGAAGAACUUAGAAAGGAGUUAUGGGACUGGGGCGAUAUGGACUGGGGCGAUAUGGACUGGGGCGAUAUGGACUGGGACGAUAUGGACUGGGACAAGAUGGAGGCAUUUCGGGGACCAGAUUGAGUUUCUAUUUAGACCGCGUCUAUCUGAAGCCGUGGAUGAUUCUGGUGGUCCAAAGAUUGCGAAGGUCUGCAAUUGUGGGUAGUGUGCUAGCUGCUUUAGGUAACUAUUAACCCUAUUGUGGAGCUC